UCUUCUCUCUCUCACAAUGGCAGGAAGAAUGGCCUUCUCUUCUAGACUAACGACCCUUGUUGUUGUUGUGCUUGUCCAUCAAACUUGCAGUGCCGAGGAUGGUCAUCAAUGUGCUCCUUCUUCCUGCGGCGAUAUCCAUAACAUAAGCAAUCCCUUUCGAUUACAAGACGAUCCAGAAAACUGCGGCAACCGAAAUUAUACACUGUCAUGUGAGAACAACAAUACAGUGUUGUACUUAGAUGCCGGAAAAUACUACGUGCGACAAAUCAAUUACGAUAACUACACAAUCCGAGUGGUAGACUCUGGUAUUGAUCAGGUAUUCAUCCCUCGUUAUUUUCUAAACCUUAGUGAUUUCAAUUUUAGGUAUUCACAAGCUGGGAGAUAUGGGGAACUAAUAUCAAGGAGUGUGGUUUUCGUGAUGUGUGAAAUUCCGGUGAAUUCGGCAUUGUAUUUGGAGACUUCUACUUGCUUUAGAAUUAAUGGAUCAGACUCAGAGUAUUCUUCCAACUCUUCCAAGACGCAUAGAUAUGUCAAAGUCGGCAAAACGAAUCCAUUGGAUGUAAAGGACACGUGCCAAAUAGAAGGAAUGUCUCUGACAUCGUGGCCAGGAAAUGAUGACCGACAUGUUUCCUGUUCAGACGUCCACAACGCAUUGGCAUAUGGUUUUGAGCUUUCAUGGCACCCAGUUAUGUGUGAAAGAAUCUGCGGAUCAAGACAAUAUUGCUACUUGGAUGAGGCGAAUCAUGUUCAUUGUUAUCUACAGUACUCAUUGGGAUUCCUAGACUGGGCAUUCGGAGUUUUUUAUUUGAGCCUACUGUACGUCAUUGGACCACACCAUACCCUAGUAAUUGUACUAGGGACUCCAUGUGUGAUUGCGUUUUUGAUAUAUAAAUGGUGUAGAAGGCAUGUAUCUAUGUAUGAUGCUAUAGAAGAAUUUUUGCAAACCCACAACAACCUCAUGCCAAUAAGAUACUCUUACUCAGAAAUUAAGAAGAUGACCAAAAGUUUCAAAGACAAAGUGGGUGAAGGAGGCUAUGGCACUGUAUAUAAAGGAACGCUUCGAAGUGGCCGUUUUGUAGCUAUAAAGAUGUUAGGUAAAUCCAAAGCUAAUGGACAAGACUUUAUAAACGAAGUUGCAACCAUUGGAAGGAUUCACCAUGUUAAUGUAGUGCAACUUAUCGGUUUUUGCGUUCAAGGGUCAAGCAGGGCUCUUGUAUAUGAAUUCAUGCCUAAAGGGUCUCUGAAUCAGUACAUUUUUUCGCCAGAAGAAAGUGAUGUCCUAAGCUACAAGAAAAUAUAUGGUAUUGCUAUAGGAAUUGCUCGUGGGAUUGAAUAUUUACAUCGAGGAUGUGAAAUGCAAAUUUUGCAUUUUGAUAUUAAGCCUCACAACAUUCUUCUCGAUGAGAAUUUUACUCCUAAGAUUUCUGACUUUGGCCUGGCAAAAUUAUAUCCAGUAGAUAACAGCAUUGUUUCUUUGACUGCAGCAAGAGGGACAUUAGGAUAUAUGGCUCCUGAAUUAUUCUACAAAAACAUUGGAGGUGUCUCCUACAAAUCUGAUGUUUAUAGUUUUGGAAUGUUAUUGAUGGAAAUGACGAGUAAGAGAAAGAACGUAAGUGCAUUUGUAGAGCAUUCAAGCCAAAUUUACUUUCCUACUUGGGUCUAUGACCAAUUGCAGGACGGAAAUGACAUAAAAAUGGAAGAUGCUACAAAGGAGGAAAAGAAAAUGAUUAAGAAGAUGAUCAUAGUGGCAUUAUGGUGCAUACAGAUGAAGCCCAGUGAUCGCCCUUCAAUGAGCAAUGUCUUGGAAAUGCUUGAAGGAGAAGUUGAAUGCUUACAAAUGCCUCCAAUGCCCACUAUGUCAUCGCCAGAGAGACCUAUGAUGAAUGCCGGAGAGAAUUCGAAUCAAAGUUGCUCGUCAAUUCAAUUAGAUGAAUCAAAUCAAUCAACUCAAUUUUAAAUGCAAAUUAAUUGAUAUGUUAGUCUUCGGAAUAAUUAGUUUUCUAUUGUGUAUUUAAUAGCACAAAGACAGUUGAUAUUUAUGUUUAGCAAAUAAGAAUUACUUUGAUUGAUGAUAACUCUUAUAAUUAUUAUAUCAUAUUUUGUGUACA